CUUUCCUAUUCACUAAUUCUCAAGAGAUGAAAAUACGGCUUUACAAGCCGAUUUUGACCAUAGCCUUAUGGCUCUCCCAGCACUUUGUUAGCAAGGUUGUAGGUGCUGAUUGUUUGUCCAGUGGUUCUUCUUGUGAUAAAGAAAGUUCUGGCGUAGGAUGCUGUAAACAAUUAUACUGUUCUGGGAGCCUAAAUUUAUGUGUGCCAUUUAAAAGCCUUUACAGCAGCGAGAAUACACAAUAGUGAUCGAACGACCUAAAACCAAGCUGGAACUGUCAUCUUGCUAUCUACAGAAAUGUACACUGUCCGUACAACUUUAUUUAUCGACGGUAAUUUUUGUAAUUCUGUUAAUUCAAUUAAUCGAUUGCCCAAGCACGCUACAACACAGAAUAUUAUGUCUGCAUUUGUUUUAUUUCCAGAAGAAUAACUUUUCAGGUUAGAGACCCCAAACAUUAAACAGCACUGAAUAAAUAAAA